AUGUCUAAACACACCAUCUUCGUCAGCGGCGCAACCGGCACAGUCGGCGGCUCCGUCGCACGAAACCUACUCGCAGCCGGCAUUGCCGUCCACGCCCUCGCCCGCAAACCAGACUCCCCUGCUGCCAAAGCUCUUUCCUCCCUCGGAGCCUCCCUCACCUCAGGAGGCUACGACGACGAAGGAGUCCUUGAGGAGGCAAUGAAGGGCGUCACGGGGGCCUUUUUAAACCUAACGCCCGACUUUGUCGACCACACCUGGGAACUCAAGACAGCAAAACGUAUCAUGGCCACUGCCAAAGCGGCAGGUGCCACGCACUUCAUCUACAGUAGCAGCUUCUCGGUAGAUGCUCCCCAAAAGCUCAAGUACUGGGAUCCCGAAAGCUUCACCGCUACAGUCCUUCUUUCGAAGCAGGCCGUCGAGAACGAGGUCCGGAAAGCGGGCUUCGAGCACUGGACCAUCCUGCGACCCGGCAACUUUACGGCGAAUUACAUCCUCCCGAUCGUUGCCGUGUACCCAGAUCUUCCCGAGAAAGGGCGCUUCGUUACAGCUCUGACGCCUGAGACGAAGUUGCCGACGGUGGAUCCGAACGACAUUGGACAGUUUGCGUUGGCGGCGUACCGGGAUCCUGAAAUCUCGCUUGCGUCGGAGCUGCUUACCGCGGACGAUAUUAUGGGGAAACUUGCGAGGUUUACGGGGAAGGAUAUCAAGGCUGUUUAUCUCUCUGAUGAGGAGGUUGAGACGCAAAAGGGAGGGAACCCGUUCUUGGCUGGACAGUUGGCUAUGCGUGACAUGGACCAGUUUGCUGAUAUCGAGGGGACCAGAAGCUGGGGGGUUACUCUGGGAACCUUUGACGGGUAUCUGAAGCGGGAGAAGGAAAGGGUUCAGGAGACCUACGGACAUCUUGUAUAG